AUGCCCGACAUCGACCCCGCGGCCUUGAGCAGCCGCCCAUCUGUGAAUCUUUCAACACCGACAUUAUCUACCAAGUCCAUCACCGUACAGCCUCCCGGCUCCCUCAAAACAUCGAAAACAAGCCAGAUAAUUCCGGCCCGCAUUGACCUUGAGCCGCUAUAUACCGCUUUGAAGCAGGCCAUCGGCCCCGAAGCAUGGGUCGUGUACAAGGAGUCAACAACGGAGUUCCUCAUCGGUCGACUGAACCAGACCGAAUACUCGGAACGAAUCGAUCCCAUCCUCGCAUCCCUCAAUGGCGAAAGGGAACACCUCCAUAAUCAGCUGUUAGCUGCUAUAUACGGCAAUGUCACGAGAGAGAUGCCCGACCAGGGCCUUGCCCCUUGGGUCAGCGCCAACGACAAGCCAACUGCUCCCGUUGGCAGUAAGCCUGUGUCUGGCGAUGCUGCGGAGCGUCGUCUCAAGGGCGAUGUCAUGCAGCUGCCCACCAAAGACCGUCGGCGCAUCAAGGAUUUGGCUUCCAACGAUGUUGGUCCCCAUCUCUUCCUCUCUAAACCGGCCCUUGCUGAUAGUGCUGCUACCCAGUUCGAUCCUAACGACAGCCUUUCCAACGUCUUCCUAGACAAUCACAGGCGACAGCCUAAGCCGGCCGAAGUACCGCCCAGUGCAGGAGGCAUUGGUGGUAUCAAUAAGAUGAAUUUCGACUUGGAGAUUCGCAAGCGCUUUGCACAGCCAUUGGCCGUGGAGUCGGGCGAGUUUCCUGACGCUCCCGUAGUCGAAGGCAGGAUGCUGCCUUUCUGCUAUGAGGCAGGCCUCACCAGCGGCCAUGUCCAAGAAGCGCCACACUUCAUGUCUGUCGCGACAGAAACGUUCAUUAAGGAAGCUCUCGCUGCUAUAUUCUCCAAGACAAGGAGCAAUGGCCCGGGAGAGGGCGGAACCGCCGGUUUCGGAGCCGGUACACAAUGGAUCCAAACCCACAAGUACCGGCAUCAGCUUGUCAAAGAGGAAGAUGCGGCAUUACGAGGCGAACUUACACGCGAUAAGAGUGGCUUGUUACCUAUCGAGUCGAAAGCUGCGAGCGAGCGUGGUCCCCUCGGUAUGGCGGACGUGCGGAUCGCCCUGGAGAUGGCAGACAGUGGCCUGGCACAGUUCCCCAUUAUCAACACGGCAAUAUCGUAUGGAUAUCGUGAAGGAGAGCUCGAAAACUGGCAUGAUUAUACCUGGCUUCCGGGUCUUGAGCCCAUUGGGGCCAAGGCGGGAGAGGCCUCCGAUGUUAAGCCGCUGGCUGCGGAGCAGCUGCCGAACGGACACGUCGAUGCAAUGGAGAUUGACUCGGAGCCAUGGUGGGAUGGCGCAGAUCCUCAAGACAUGGGCGCCCUCGACUCUGUGCUGGACUCAUGUCUGGCUGUUGGGUCAUAG